ACAACUACAAUAAUAAAAUAUAAAUAUACACAAUGUAAUAAAUAAAUUAACAAUUAUUUAUAUUAAUAUAUUUUUUAUUUAUAAAUAUCUAUCUGACAUAUUGUCGAAAAAAAAAAAUAAUAAUUACAAAUUAAAUGAAUAUUUGUAGGUUGUAAUUUGGAGUAAAUAAAUAUUGUUAAUUGUUGUUAAUAAUAAUAAAUAUAUAGGUGUAUAAACAAGUGAAUUUGUGAAUCAUCACAAUGACAUCCAGCUCAAAUAUAUCUGGUGAUAAUAGACAAGGUUCUAGACUUCGAAAAGUAAAUACACGUUAUUUUUCAUUUAAAUGGAAAACUGAUACAAAUGAAAGUACAUCUGUUAAAAAUGAUGAUAAUUUAAAUACAAUGGAUCAUUUAAAUGACUGUAAAAAAUCUAAUGGAUUUUUUAGAAAUAUUACAAAAAAUUUAUCUGUUAAAAAAUUUUAUAAAUUUAAAAGAAGAAUAACAAAUGCUGAGACAUCAAAAGAGGAUGAUGGUGUUGAAGAAGAACUUUAUAAUACAGAAACAACAUGUAAUGAUGAUAAUGAUAAUGAAAAUAUCAGUGAAAUUAUGGAACAUAUUGGUGGUGCAUCAAAUGUACCAGUUGUUGGAGAAAAUCAAUCAAAUAAUUUAUUAGUUCAAGUAGCAAGUAAUGAUGGACCAUCUUAUGAAACAAGCACUAGCCAAACAACAACAACAACAACAUCAACAACAGAUGAUAAUGAAAGAUCAACAUCACAAGUUGUCAAUAGAUCUGUUGGUUUAUCACAAGAAUUAUUAAAGCUACAUAAAUUUGGAUGGUACUGGGGUGGAAUACAACGUGAUUUUACUGAGGAAAGACUUAAAACUGAACCUGAUGGUUCAUUUUUAAUAAGAGAUUCAGAAAAUCAUAGAUAUCUAUUGACGUUGAGCUUUAGAUCAGCUGGUAAAACUUUACAUUCAAGAAUUGAACACAGAGAUGGUAAAUUUUCUUUGUGUAAUAGCUCAAAUCAAUCAUUAUCAAAUGGAUCAUUCACAUCAAUUGCUGAUUUGAUUGAAUACUCAAUGGGUUUUAGUGAAAAUGGUGUUUAUUGUUAUUCACGUCCACGAUAUCCAGGACAUCCAGCUUUUCCAGUACGUUUAACAACACCAGUAAGUCGUUAUACACAAGUUAAAAGUUUACAAUAUCUUUGUAGAUUUGUCAUAAGAAGAAAUACACGUCUAGAUAAUAUUAAUAAACUACCAUUACCAAAUAAAAUUAAAAAAUUUCUCGAAGAAAAUUAUUUAUAA